UGAGGGUGGAGUAAAGAAAAAUACAAAGACAAUCCUCACCAAACGCCAUCUUGAAACUGUGGCACUGGUCACAGAAGAGGGAAACGUUGAGGAUACUGCACGCAUGGGAAAAUGCUGUACUGCCGUGCUUGUCUUGGAUACGCUCAUGACUUGACAGCAGCCGUGUUGACAAAACGAAUUAACUGUUGAUCUCAUGUGUGUUUCCCAACGACGUGUCUGAUUAAAUCUUGGUUGUUCAAAAGCUGCACUUGGAUACGAUUUUUACAGACACUGGUUGCCAGCUUUUACCGUAUGCUUAACAAGCUCGCAAAAGUCAACGGACAGAACACGUUGCAAUCCAUUGGGAAGGGAAAAUGCAAUGUCUCUGUUUGGAAUCGGAUUAUGCGCUAGCAUAACGUUAACGUUACAUUUUGGAAGGUGAAGACAGCGUUGUGAGGACCAAGAAAUUAGAUGUAUCAAAUAUAACGUUAGUCCACUACAUGUGGUGUAUUGAAACGUCUUAUUUAGCUAACGUUAGAUAAUUUACGAUAACUAGACUAAGUAAUUUAAACUACCUGACGCUAGCUAACGUACACAUUUUUAAGAUUCAGGGUUAAUUAGCUAUGUUCCAUGGUAUUGUUGCUAAAUAUACCUAGUUUAGUCUUAUUAGGUCAAAUAACAAUGUUGAACAAUUGGAAAUCGUUAGUAAUAUUGCUAGCUACUAGUAGUACUGUAACAUGCUAACUAACGUUUAGAUGGGUCGUUAGACAAACCUGCAACAAGUCAGUCAAUAGCUAUGGUUUUUUAACCAUUUUGUAGUCUCUAACUAGCUACACAAGUAUCACUUCUUCCAUAUUUGUGGACAUAAUUCGUCGGGACCUUCAACUGUGUAACGUAGUAGCUGGCCAGUGGAUCUUUUGGAGUGGGUCUUCUCAACAAACACCUGUCAGCUGGAAAGUCAGUGUCAAUACCACAACAUGUUGUUGACAAUACUAGCUUGCAAACUAGCUGGCUAGUUACGUUAGUCUUUUAAAAAAAACUUUUUUUUAAAGCUUUUUGCACAGACCUUCAUAACACACAGUGGAGGAGCAAACAUUUGCAGCUGUGUGUUGUGUUUAUUUCCCGGAAAUAAAAAGGAUUUCAAUUGGAUUGAAAAUGGGAGCCGCUAGCGAGCUGGCGUUUGCUGUUUUUCUCAUCUCGUUGUCCUCAGGUGCAAUCCUGGGUCGCUCGGAGACACAGGAGUGCGUUUACUACAACUCUAGCUGGGAGAAGGAGCGAACCAACCGCAGUGGCAUCGAGCCUUGCUACGGAGACAAGGACAAGAGGCUCCACUGCUUCGCCACCUGGAAAAACACCUCGGGAACCAUCGAGAUCGUCAAGCAGGGCUGCUGGCUGGACGAUGUCAACUGCUAUGACAGUAGCGAUUGUGUGGAGACGAAAGAGAGUCCGGACGUCUUCUUUUGCUGCUGCGAAGGCAACAUGUGCAACGACAAGUUCCUCUACAGCCCCGACGCGCAGGCUGUCCAAAGUAAGUCGUCAUCGACCUCCAACCCGUUUAACCAGAAGCCUCAGCUGUUCAACACUCUGCUGUACUCUCUGGUGCCCAUUAUGGGCAUCGCCGCCAUCGUCCUCUUCUCCUUCUGGAUGUACCGUCAUCACAAGCUGGCAUACCCGCCCGUCCUGGUGCCAACACAGGACCCACUGGGGCCACACACCCCUCCUUCGCCCAUCAUGGGGCAGAAGCCAUUGCAGUUGAUCGAGGUCAAAGCCAGGGGGCGCUUCGGCUGUGUGUGGAAGGCUCAGCUCCUCGACGACUACGUGGCUGUUAAGGUCUUCCCCAUUCAGGACAAGCUUUCAUGGCAGAACGAGUAUGAGAUCUACAGCCUGAGUGGGAUGAAACACGAGAACCUGCUCCACUUUAUCGGUGUGGAGAAGAGAGGCAACAACAUGAACAUAGACCUCUGGCUCAUCACAGCCUAUCACGACAACGGCUCUCUGACUGAUUACCUGAAGGCCAACGUGGUGUCGUGGAACGAGCUGUGCCACAUCUCCCAGACCUUGGCCCGUGGCCUGGCCUAUCUCCACGAGGACAUCCCUGGGCUGAAGGACGGACACAAGCCCGCCGUCGCACACAGGGACAUGAAGAGCAAGAACGUGCUUCUGAAGAACAACCUGACAGCCUGCAUAGCGGACUUCGGCCUGGCCCUGAAGUUUGAAGCUGGGAAGUCAGCAGGAGACACCCACGGACAGGUGGGCACGAGGCGCUACAUGGCCCCUGAGGUGCUGGAGGGGGCCAUCAACUUCCAGAGAGACUCCUUCCUGAGGAUAGACAUGUACGCCAUGGGGCUGGUGCUGUGGGAGCUGGCCGUUCGCUGCACCGCUGCAGACGGUCCUGUGGAUGAGUACACACUGCCCUUCGAGGAGGAGGUCGGCCAGCACCCGUCUCUAGAGGACAUGCAGGAGGUGGUGGUCCACAAGAAGCUACGGCCCUGCCUCCGAGAGUGCUGGCAGAAACACACAGGCCUGGUGAUGCUGUGCGAGACCAUCGAGGAGUGCUGGGACCACGAGGCCGAGGCGCGGCUCUCGGCGGGCUGCGUGGAGGAACGCAUCAUCCAGAUGCGACGCCAGACCAACAUAGUCACCCCCGAGGAGAUUGUCACCGUCGUCACCAUGGUGACCAACGUGGACUUCCCUCCCAAAGAGUCCAGCCUAUGAAUGGACGGACAUUGACUGGGCGUGUCAGGUGGUGGACAUGGAGCUAUUUUGACUGGAUGUUUUCAGGUACACAUUGAUCGACCAGAGUGGCCCGUUCAGGAUCAUGUACUCUGGGUGAUCCCGGGUUCAUCUCUGACCCUUGACCCCCUCAGCUGGGCGUGCUGGCAUGGCGUGGUUGUGUUUUAGUGCUGGGCGCUACACUACUGUCAUUCAGGAAAUACCUGUCUGUGCCCACCAACACUGGUUUGGUUUCUACCCACUUCAUAGUAUCACGAUGUGUUGGAUUCAGGUGGACUCCCAUAGCGAGCCUCAAACUGUACAACAGACUCCUUCAAAAGAGCAACACUAGGUCGUAACAAAAGCGCUGUGAGCUGGGCAAAAAGGGAUAUUUUAUAUAUGAAGAAAACACUAGGACCGCCGAACAGACUUCUGUUGUAUUUUCUAAGAAAAGGAGGAGGGAGAGGAUGGACUCUCCAAGAGGAACUGCUACGACUCAGUGAAGGAAAAAGGGGAACGUGUUUUAAAAUUCCUUUGCGGUUUUCUUUCUGUGUUUUUAAAUGAUAAUGACAACUUGUAAUGCCAAUAAGAAACAGCUUCUGAAUGUCACGUGUACUGCUGCUGUACAUCAUAUCAAUGGCAGUCAAGGUUUAUUUUAGGGGGGGGGGGGGAUCCAUUUCCAAGCGUUACUACUUUGAAAGCAAAACCAUAGACCUCCCUCAAAUCAACAAGGUAUACCUCAGUUCCAUCUUCAUUACAACACUGCAACUCUAGAGACAGAACUACUGUUGUUUCUAGUUCUAUUAAGUAUAUUUCUGUGACAACAACGAUCUCUCUGGAAACCGUUCAGAUGACAUCAUUACUCUGGUAUUAUCGAACUGUAUACUGUACAGCUGUGGCAGGUGAAAAUAGAACCAUUAUCACCACUUUUUUUUUUUAACUAUCCCGCCAAGAGUUGUAUGACCAUACAUUUACACACGUGUAUCUGCCUUCUUGUUUUUCUUCUUGUUUUUUUAUUUAUUAUUUUUCCUUAUUUUGUCCUUCCUUGCGGUUUUAAUUAGUUUUUUAUAGAAAACAUGUUACUCCUACAUUUUAAGAGUAUUUCAAUAACCCCCUAACUCAUUGAAAAUGAUUUUAAAAAAGCACUUCUUCCUUAUUUUGGCUUGCUGUGUCAAUCGAGUAUUUAAUGAUGUGAGCAUGCCUUUUGGUUAUCCUUUGGUCUUCUUUUUAAACAAGCUCAGGAAGCUACUCUUCUGUCUCUCUUGACUCCCUAGUUAUUAUCCAUCUGUAUCUCCCAGUCCCGAACUACUUCUCGAGUCCCUUGCUACUACCCUUCUGUCUCUCCUGAGUCCCUAGCUACUACCCUUCUGUCUCUCCUGAGUCCCUAGCUACUACCCUUCUGUCUCUCCUGAGUCCCUAGCUACUACCCUUCUGUCUCUCCUGAGUCCCUAGCUACUACCCUUCUGUCUCUUCUGAGUCCCUAGCUACUACCCUUCUGUCUCUCCUGAGUCCCUAGCUACUACCCUUCUGUCUCUCCUGAGUCCCUAGCUACUACCCUUCUGUCUCCAGUCCCUAGCUACUACCCUUCUGUCUCCAGUCCCUAGCUACUACCCUUUUGUCUCUCCAGUCCCUAGCUACUACCCUUCUGUCUCUCCAUUCCCUAGCUACUACCCUUCUGUCUCUCCAUUCCCUAGCUACUACCCUUCUGUCUCUCCAUUCCCUAGCUACUACCCUUCUCUCUCUCUCUCUCCAGUCCCUAGCUACUACCCUUUACUCUCUCUCUCCAGUCUCUAGCUACUACCCUUCUCUCUCUCUCUCCAGUCCCUAGCUACUACCCUUCUCUCUCUCUCUCCAGUCCCUAGCUACAACCCUUCUCUCUCUCUCUCUCUCCAGUCCCUAGCUACAACCCUUCUCUCUCUCUCUCCAGUCCCUAGCUACAACCCUUUCUCUCUCCAGUCCCUAGCUACUACCCUUCUCUCUCUCUCCAGUCCCUAGCUACUAUCUUCUCUCUCUCUCCAGUCCCUAGCUACUACCCUUCUCUCUCUCCCUCUCUCCAGUCCAUAGCUACUACCCUUCUCUCUCUCUCUCUCUCUCUCCAGUCCAUAGCUACUACCCUUCUCUCUCUCUCUCUCUCCAGUCCCUAGCUACUACCUUCUCUCUCUCUCUCCAGUCCCUAUCUACUACCCUUCUCUCUCUCCCUCUCUCCAGUCCAUAGCUACUACCCUUCUCUCUCUCCCUCUCUCCAGUCCAUAGCUACUAGCCUUCUCUCUCUCUCUCCAGUCCAUAGCUACUACCCUUCUCUCUCUCUCUCCAGUCCAUAGCUACUACCCCCUCUCUCUCUCUCUCUCUCUCUCUCUCUCUCUCUCUCUCUCUCUCUCUCUCUCUCUCUCUAGC